AUGCCUAAACCCCGACAACUGCUUCAAGGGCAAAUCACGUACUCAGAUGCCAAGGCUGAGGAAUUCAAUAUUCUCCAUCGACUUCAAUAUCAUGCUGAACAAACUAAAUUUUUCAUUCACCUGUAUGAUAAACGUGAAUGGAUGAAGGCUACUGUGGCCCAUCAUUUCGGCCUAAAACCGUUCACUCAGUGUCAGGUGGCAGACACGGAAAAUUGGCUCCACGGUAGCUUUAAUGUUUGUAUUUUUAUUAUCAUCGACAGUUGGGACGGCAAACGGGUUCUUCUGCGGUUCCCGUUACCAUAUCGCAUUGGCGAGAGUUUCAGACCCGGGAAUUGCGACGAGAAAAUCCGAUGCGAAGCAGGGUCCUAUGCAUGGUUUUAA